GAUAUCUGUGUACACGUACUGCAGGGUGACUUGCGCGAAGUUUAAGGAGAACUCUCCUCCGGUGCUUCAACCAGCUUGGCCAUGGUAUUCCAUAGUGCACAUCAUGCAUUUCUCAUCUGCGCAUACUGCUGUAAUUAAGGAAGCGCGUGCGUACAGUGCUGAAACUCCGACGCACGGUGCCGUCCUGUGUCGGUGACGGCGAUGGACCUAGCUGCUGUUGUCACGGCAAUGGCUUCACAUAAUGCUGGUGUCACAUCUAUGGGUCAGAGAGAGAGCGGCUCUUUUGGACAUGCUCAGCCUCAUGGCGGCCGGCGCAAAAUGCGUGUGUCAGACCUCCUUGACGGGGCGGGCUCCUCGAGGCACGGCAGCGGCAGCGGCGUGGCAGCUGAGGCGCCACCCCCGCGCACCUCGGCGGAGCUGACCCGGUCCUCCGGCGACACCAGCACCACUGCGUCCCAACACAUUCCGCCUCAUCCGCAUGGCGGCGCCAGCACUGCACCGCUCGGCAAGCUGGCCCACCGGCUGAGCAUCCUUUCGGAUGGCAGCGCGGACGUGUCUCUUAAGCACGGCGGGCUGGGCGGUGACGCAUCUCACCACCUCCCGAGCGACGCCUACCGCGAGUCGGAUGUGGGCGGCGGCUCCUCCCACCACGGCCGAAAUGGAGCGUCACUGCUGCACGCGAACUCUUCCUCGCUGCAUGGCGGCGCCGGCUCGGGCCGCGCCAACCCCUGGAAGAAAGUGAACUCGGCUGUGAAGAUCAACACGGCACUCGGGGGCAUGAAGGGUGGCAUGGGCAAGCGCGGACACUCCGGCGGCCUCUCCCUCCACAGCCGCGUGGCAGCAGCCCAGAACUCCGCUGACGGUGCUGGGCGUGGUGAGGCAGCAGCGGAGGCGGCUGCGGUGGAAGCUCGUGCCUCAAGCGGCGGGCUGGGUUGGGCACUGGCGGCCGUCCGGGCCCGUCUGCAGCGGUGGUUGUCGGUGCUGGUGAUCAACCCCGACGCGGCGUGGUACUGCAAGUGGUGGUUCUACUUUGCAGUGGGCGUGGCGCUGAUCAGCUGCUGGACGGAGCCGUUCAACAUGGCCUUUGUGGGCUCCCCGCUGGUGACCGGGAGCAUGGCAUGGCUGGACCCCAUCGAGAACAUCAUCCUCGCCACCUUCCUGCUGGACUUCGCGCUCAAAUUCUUCGUGUCAUACGACGACCCCGAGACCGGCAUUCCCGUCACAACGCAACCCAAGAUGGCCAUGCGCUAUGUGAAGAGCUGGAUCUUCGUGCUGGACGUGCUGGGCUGUUUCCCGUACGACACCGUCACAAUACGAAUUGCGGAGGCCGCGGGGGUGGCCAGUCCCACCGUGGUUGACGCCCUGAACUGGCUCAAGCUCCUGACGCUGGCCCGGACGUACCGCGUGUUCGACCUGUUUAAUCUGUUGGACUACCGCAUGGUGCUGAGCCAGGGGGCACUGCUGAUCCUGCGCAACUACACCUACGUCUUCUUUACAACGCACUGGGCAUCGUGCAUCUUCUACAUGAUUGCCCGCGAGGAGAGCUUUAAUGAGGACACGUGGAUCGGGCGCAACCCGGACUAUUUCCAACACCAUAGCGUGUGGCAGCAGUACAUCAUGGCGCUGUACUUCAGUGUGACAGUGUUCACGGCGAUGGGUGACGCGGCGAUGUAUCCGUACACCGUGGUGGAGAUGGCGGCGAUGAUUGUGUACCUGAUGUUCAACCUGUUUCUGGCCGCCUACAUCAUUGGCACCGUCACCAUCAUGAUGGUGAAGAAGGAUGAACGCAGCCAGGCGCUCCGUCAGAGCAUAGAGAACCUGACCGAGUACAGUCAGGACAACGAGCUGCCAGAGAAGCUGCACACCGCCAUGAAGGAGCACCUGCUGGUCAACUUCGACGCCCAGGCCACCAACGACGACAACGUGCUGAGAAUCUACCCUGUCACCAUCCGGCGCAACGCGCUGCGGCACCUGUACAUGGAGCCCGUGAAGGGCUGCCACCUGUUCAAGGGCUGUCAGAAGCGCUUCUUGGACUCCGUCCUCACCGCCGCACGCGUCGAGUUCUUCCUGCCCGGUGUGGAGAUCCUGACCGAGGGCGACAAUGUGGUGGACCUGAUGAUCAUUGUGGCGGGCGAGGUGAUGGUGACCACCGGGGGCGGCGGCCGAAUGGGCGGCAACUCCUCUGGCUCCUUGCCUGGGUCGGGAUCCAUGGCUGUGGGGUCGGACCACAUGUCCUUCUCCGGCGGGCCCCGCGUCACCUCCGCGUCCUUCUCCGCCGGCGCCCAACCCGAGGACAGCUCCCACGGCGGCGGGGGCAGCAUGCACGGCGACCCGCUGUCGGCCGCGUCGCCUGGGGGCGUAAGCUUUGACACCGGCGCCGCCAACAAGCCCAAGUUCGGUCGCUUCUCCGCGUACAAGCGCGGCACCAGCAACUCGCUGGCUGAGGUGGCGUUCUUUACCGAGGGUGCCAGCCACGAGACGGUGGUGGGCACGGCGCCCGUGCGCGUGCUGAGCCUGCCCAAGGCCGCCUGGGACCUGUUGGUAGUUCAGUUCCCACAGCAGACACGCAUCGUGCUGGAGAACCUGCAGCGCAACACGGAGGCGGGCGCCGAGGAGGCGCUCAAGGCUGCGGCGACCAAGAAGCAGCUGACUGCCGAGCAGCUGCACGUAGCCCUGGCGCUGGCCACUGGCAACGAUGAGGUGCUAGACAACGUGGAGCCGUUCAUGCUAGCGGACACACGCGAUGCGCUGACGCAGUCGCAGAUUGAGAUGCUCACGCGCCUGGAAGAUGUGCGUAACACCACUGCUGCGCACGUUCGCAAGGUGGACGACAAGCGCACGUUUGAGCUGCUCAACACGGCGGCCCAGGGCGAUGUGGAGUCGCUGCGCACGAUGUUGCGCCAGGGGCUGAGCCCAGACACGGCAGACUAUGACGGCCGUAACGGACUGAUGCUUGCAGCAGCCAAGGGCCACGAGGCCGCCGUUCGCCUCUUCCUGGAUGCGGGCUGCGAGAUGAACCGCACCGACGGCUUCGGCAACAGUGCAAUGGCCGAGGCAGUCAAGGGCGCACACGACAAGAUUGUGGCUCUCCUGCUGAGCUAUGGUGCAUCGCUUGGCGCCGGCGGCCUGACAGUGGCAUCCGACCUGUGCACCGCGGUCUACAAGAACGACCUUGUCAAGUUGCAGCGGCUGCUGAAGGCGGGAGCGCCGCCGGAUGCCUGCGACUAUGACAGCCGCUGCGCACUGCACAUCGCCGGCUCGGAGGGCAACCUGGAAGCUCUGAAGCUGCUGGUGGAGGAAGGGCACGCAGAUGUCAACUUCCAUGACCGCUGGGGGAACACGGCGCUGGACGAGGCGCGGCGGGUGGGCGCCGCACCCGUGGUGGCGUACCUGGAGGGAUUGCUGAGAGGCCACAAGCACCGCACCGCCGCAAACGCCGAGAAGGUUCGGCAGCAGGCUGCCAAGGACUACAUGGGCUGGUGCGGCCUAGGCGAUGCCGCCAAGUUGCGCGAGGCGGGCGGCUACCAGGCUGGGGAGGCGGCGGGCUGCGCCUUCGCCGGACUCAUGCUGGCGGCAAGCAAGGGGCACACGGCGGUGGUGGAGGUGCUCCUGCCCGACCUGCCCACCGACGCCCUACACCGCGCAGCGCCCACCGCAAUGCUGGAGGCGGCGCGUGUGGGGCACGAGGCCACUGUGGCCGCAUUCCGGGCUGUGGGAGUGACGCUGAAAGACCACAUGGCACCGCAGCUGCGGGCGGAGCUGCGUGGUGCGGUGCAGCAAGGCGAUGCCGGACUGGUGCUGGCGUACCUCACUGCGGGCGUGUCAGCCACCGGUGGUUGCUGCGGAAGCACUGCCGGUGCAGGUGCAGGCGCCGGCGGUGGCGGCCGGCGGGUUGGCGGUACGCUACUGCAUCUGGCUACGGAGCAUGCGCACCUGCCUGUGCUGCGCCGCCUGGUGGAGCAGGGCGGUGCGGUGUCUGACCUGGCGGCUGUGGACGGCGCGGGCCGCACGCCGCUGCAGGUCGCUGAGGCGGCGCUUGCGGCCCAGCCCAGCGAGCCGCGUGUGCGGGCGGUGCACGAGUACCUGUCCUGGGCAGUCACCGCCACUGGCACCAAGCUGAGCUCCGUCGCCGCACUGGCGGUGCUGCGCUGGGGGCCGGUCGAGGCGCCGCCGCCGGCGCCGACGCCACCAGCGGACGACGACGAAGGACUUGCUCUGACUGACGACCCGAUCGCGGCCGAGACUGCCCUUGGAGCAGGCCCGGGUGCCUUCCGCCGCCUUUCUUCUCCGCCGGCCCGCGGCGGUGACGACACAGCCAACGGCAGCCUGCUGGGCGCAGCUGCCGCCGCCGGGCUCGCGUCAACUCGCGGCACCGCACCGUACAGCAGCAGCUUUGGCGGUGGUGGUGGCGGAGGAGGCGGCGGGCCCGGCGUCGCUGCGGCCACCGUCAGUGCAGGCGGCGUGACGCCAGGCGGCGGCUCCACCGCCACACAUGGCAACAGCGGGCUGGUGCUGGCGAUGGUUGUGGGCGACGGCAUGUCAGCGGCAAUGGACAGCACCUGGGACAAACUGCCCGGCACCCCCGACAACUCCACGCGCGGCGGUGACCUGGCAGCGAAUGCGCUCAGGCAAGCUGAGGACGGCCGUAUUGCCUCAGCUGUGGAGUUCGCGGCGGCCGCAAGCGGCCCGGCAGCUGCGUCCAGCCCGUUCCAGACCGCCAGCGGCGCAGGCCACACUAGCGGCCCGGUUCCGCACGCUUCUAGCGGCGUCACUGGCGCCGCAAGCCCUAUGCUGAACCUGCCGCCGCCUUCCCUGAUUAUGGCGGCGCGCACGGCCAACGACCGUGUGCAGAGCCCGCGACCCAGCAACACCGCCGCCCAUGGCGCCGCCGCCCGCCUGUUCGGCUCGGCCCAGGUGCCGCCGCAGCAGCAGGCCGUGUCGGGCGCGUCUGGCGGCGGCAUCCUGGUGCCGCUGCCGGUGAUGCCUGACAGUGGGCCGUUGGAGGGCUUGUCGGCCUUGCGGCGCGGCGGCACUGGGCCGCUGUCUCCGGUGGCGCCGGUUGGGUCUUCAGAGAUGCCCUCGCCGGCGCUGUCCAUGGCUGCUUCGGUGAGCCAGGUGCAGCUGUCGGCGAGGUCCCGGGCCAACAGCUUUGCAGUGGUGGGCGCGCCUGAUGAGAUCUUGUCGUACGUGGCGGCUGCGAACAGCUUCACACGGCGCAGCGCCACCCUGGCGGACGCUGGCGGUGGGGGCCCGGACUCGGCGGUGCUGGGAGAAGGCGGCGGCGUUGCGAGCGGUGCAGGUGUGGUGGGUGCGGCGCAGGCCCUCGGCGGGGCGGGGCAGCUGCCGGUGCGGGCACGAAACAGUCGCGGGCAAAGCACCGGUGGCGUGAGCUUUGGCCGCAGCAGUGCGCUGGGCCCGGCGGCGCGCCAGCAGAGCUCCAUUGGGAGCCGUCGUGGUUCGACCCUCAUGCUGCCAGCAGCAACAAGUGGGGCCGUGGCCACGGCUGCAAACGCCGCCGUCGCUUCCUCGCCGUCCGCCCUAAAUGGAGAAUGCCUUGCUGAUAUGUUGUCAGGUUCGCAGGACCGAAACGCCUGAGCCUGCCGUGUUAGAGCCAGACAGAGCGCGCAAGCAGGCAUGGCCCAUAGAGUGGGCAACCCUGUUAUACGAGCUCGUAAUGUACGAGUUAUCCAUGUGGGGAGGAGGAUUAAUGUGAUGCGCACCACGACAGGCUUGAUGAGUGGGUUUGGGGAAAGCGUGUCGUGGCAGGCCGUUGGGGCAUACGGUUACGCUGGAAUUUGUCAGUGAUGGGCAAGAACCUGGGCGAAAGAUCCAGUGAGCGGGGGCACCUGCAUUUCAGCGCCUGCAUUUCACAGUUUCUUACUAUGCCUCGGCUUCUUCGAGGACGGGUUGCAUCGUCACUUAUUGGAAGGCCAUUCAUAAGCAUGCGCCAGGAAAUUUGCCGGAAAGCAAAUCGAGCUGUUGCCAGAGCGCGUGCAUGCAUAGCGGCGGUGCGGCAGGUGCUUGUUGUGGGCGUACCUGAGUUACCGCUCCUGACAUGCAUUGAACCGCCGGACCGUGACUUCUACUGUGGCGCCUGCGCUUGCACGCCUAAGUGAUUCGGCGGGGGAUUGCACGUGCCUGGUACCGUGGUAGCACCGGCAUGACUGGCCUGUACACGAAGACUGUUUCGGAAGGGCUUUGAUACUUCGAGGAGUGGCACACUUGUGCUUGAUCACUGCGGCGAAUGCAUGCAUCUGGGAUAUAACUGCCUUCACUGUGCAGCACCGGAAAAUGGGCUGCCUGCCUGCCUCAAAGCGAAGUGCAGGGCACGUGGCCCUGCGGGAGCAAGUCCCAGCUAGAUUGCUUAGAACGCCUCCCCUGGAUCACACAGGGAGGCUGGGGCAUUCAAACUUUCAAAUGCUGGCAGGUCCGGGCGAUGAGGUUGUUCGGCCUCAGACUGUGGAGGGGCUCAGCCCCUUUUCCCGUGACCGGGGAACACUUGUAGGUGCUUAUGGGCGCCUGCUAACCGUCCUGGUAAUCCGUGGAGCCUGCUGGAACCGUGUUACUGUCCCAGCGGAGUUCUUUCUGUAAGCUGGACCCCGU